UGUCGGCCCCUCUCUCGCAGGUCCUUCAAGCCAGACUUCAUCCUGGUCCGCCAGCACGCCUACAGCAUGGCCCUGGGCGAAGACUACCGCAGCCUGGUCAUCGGCCUGCAGUACGGAGGGCUGCCCGCUGUCAACUCCCUCUACUCCGUCUACAACUUCUGCAGCAAGCCCUGGGUGUUUUCUCAGCUCAUUAAGAUCUUCCACUCCCUGGGUCCUGAGAAGUUCCCGCUUGUGGAGCAGACGUUUUUCCCCAACCAUAAGCCAAUGCUCACAGCCCCUCACUUCCCCGUGGUGGUCAAGCUGGGACAUGCCCACUCCGGAAUGGGAAAGAUCAAAGUGGAAAACCAGCAUGACUACCAGGACAUCACCAGCAUGGUGGCGAUGGCCAGAACCUACGCCACCACCGAGGCCUUCAUCGACUCCAAGUACGACAUUCGCAUCCAGAAAAUCGGAUCCAACUACAAGGCUUACAUGAGAACCUCCAUCUCUGGCAACUGGAAGGCCAACACAGGCUCUGCCAUGCUGGAGCAGGUCGCCAUGACAGAGAGGUACAGGCUGUGGGUGGAUAGCUGCUCAGAAAUGUUUGGCGGCCUGGACAUCUGCGCGGUCAAGGCCGUCCACAGCAAGGAUGGCAGAGAUUACAUCAUCGAGGUGAUGGACAGCUCAAUGCCUCUGAUUGGAGAGCAUGUGGAAGAGGACAAGCAGCUGAUGGCCGACCUUGUUGUCUCCAAAAUGAGCCAAUUCCUGAUGCCGGCUGGCACAGUGCCCUCACCCCUGAGGCCUUGGGCUCCACAGACUAAACCAGCAAAAUCCCCUGGGACAGCCCAGCUGGGGCCUCCGCUGGGACAGCCCCAGCCACGCCCACCCACGCAAGGGGGCCCUCGCCAAGCUCAGUCUCCUCAGCCCUCGAGAUCUGGAAGCCCCUCCCAGCAGAGGCUCUCCCCACAAGGCCAGCAGCCCCUGAGCCCCCAGUCUGGAUCCCCACAGCAGCAGAGAUCACCAGGUUCUCCACAGCUGCCCCGGGCAUCCAGCGGCGGCUCUCCAAACCAGGCCUCCAAGGCAGGUGCCACCCUCCCCUCACAGCCCCGGCCCCCUGUGCAAGGCCGCAGCACCUCCCAACAGGGCGAAGAGUCCAAGAAGCCAGCACCACCCCACCCCCAUCUCAACAAAUCCCAGUCCCUGACUAACAGCCUCAGCACAUCGGACACUUCCCAGCGUGGAACCCCAAGCGAAGACGAGGCCAAGGCCGAAACCAUCCGCAACCUGAGGAAGUCUUUUGCCAGCCUGUUCUCUGACUAACGGGGUCCAGCCUGGGAGAGGGUGCUGUUACACUCUCCCCUCUCCCACCUCAUCUUCCUUCUCAGCCUUGAUUUCUGAUGGGAACAGAAUGGAGGGCCUGAGACUACACUUUCUAAUGCCUCUGACCCAGGAACUGAGUAUCUAUACGUGUCCCCUUCCCUUCUCCACGACAGUCAAGCUUUGUCUGGCUGAGACUGGGCCUUUGAGAGCCUCCAGGUUCCUCAAAAUGGGCCUCAAUGGUGGACAUCCAUCACCCUCCCCCCUCCCCCCCAGAUGCUUGCUUCCCGGCCACAGAUAACCCCGUGAGAUUUCUGUGUGUGGCUAGUUUUCAUAUCUGUUACUGUUUUGCUUGCCUUUGGGCAAAGGCCCCUCUAGGCCUGCCCACCUCCAUCAAAUGCAGACACUGUAGUCGGACCUCAGCAGUAUCGGAGGCAAUAAUCUACUGACAGUGUUUUGCAAACAAAAGGAGAAAAGCCGGGCCAGGGGAGCCUCUCAUCUUCCAUGCUAGUUUCAUCGGAGACCUCACCCGACUUGCAGGCAAGGGCCCAUCACGACUGGCCACUGGUGGGAUCUUGAUGACAAGGGAAAGCCAGGUCCUGUGAGACACGUGGGGCCUUUCAAGUCACAAAAGAGACCGAGGGGAAACAGUGGGGAUGCUGCUCCCACCAGAAUGAACAGCCAAGAGCAGAGCACAGGUUCUUUCAGGAAUGGUUUCUAGUUCCCAGAUGAGGACGCCGCCCUCACUUCCCGAAGAAGGAGUUAGGUUAGGGCUUCUCCACCCACUAUUAUACCACCAGGAAUUCUCUGUGAAUUCCCACCAGGAAUGUUGUUUACUCCUCAAGGAUUUAUGAGGAACCAGAGAGCAUCAGAUUAAUGUCACAGGCUCAGAAAGUUGGGAGGAUAAUAACCUCCAGUCAGCAUUUCACAAACUGCACAGCCAGAUGCUGGCAGGUUUCUCCAUUACAAAAGGGUCCCAUGGCCAACCAUGUUGGGGAAACACUGUCUAUAUUUCUUUUUGAGGUUGGCCAUACACAUUACACGUCAACAACUCUUGAAAUUCCUAUGUAAAGACAUUAGACUUCGCUGUUUAACCCAAACCUAUAUGAACAAGUUGACUGCAGAACUGGAGAACACAGCCCUGAUGCCCUUCCCAGGGCUCCUUCCCGUACAGCACACGACCUCCCGUGAUCACGGGGCAGGGCUGUCCCACAUCACCAAGCACCUGGUGCUAGAAACACUCCUGGUCCAGAACAGAACCAUGUGAUCCCUUUCCAGUCCCCUUUGUGAUUUGAAACAUGCCCUCCCCUCACUAUUCACAGGGAAGGGACAGAGGAGGUAAAAAUGAAAGUGUCCGUGGCCUAGACCCGCAUUCUGAAUGAAAGAUAGAAAACUUGAGGGCAGGUGUAACACCGCAAAGCCCACCCCCACCAUUUUAGGAGCUUAAGAACACAGAAAAUACCUGAGGCAAUCAUCACGCUUAUACAGAGACUAACAUUGAAAGAAGUCAAACAAUCUCACCCACUUCUCAGUAAUAAAAUACAGCUUGAAACACACAGCAAAGGGACACUAGGCAGUUUCUCAAAGUGUGGGCCAUGGCUGUGCACAGCUAGCUUCAUCUCAGACCAACCGAGUCAGAAUUUCUGGUCAUGAGACCCGAACCUCUCUUUGUCAUCUCCCUGCAUGCAUGUGGGAGUUAGACUGGCACCCUGAGCUGAGAUGUCUGGGAAAGCUGCUAUUGAAAGCAGGAUUGUGUGGAUUCAUUACAGACCCAGGUCUCACUCUCGGUGAGCAAAAUUAGUGGCUCCAUAAACAAUGACUGUGGCUUAAUUUUCCCACUUCCCUUUAUUCUGUCCCUUGUCCAUAAAAACAUCUCAACAUUCAAACUAUAUCUCCCAGAUAGUCCAAGUAGAGUAGCACACACUCCUUUGGAUAGCCAUGCGCAGAUGCUCCAUGACACAACACUAGUUUAUAACCAACACCUAAGGUUCCCGCUGGCCUGUGUAUGAAAGUCGAGACCAACAAUGGUCUUGUGGAGACCAGAGAUUCCCCCAAAUGGACUGUUUUCUCACUUUUAAUAACAUUUUUUAAAUGGGAAAGGACAAAAAGCAGGGGUAAAGGUAGUCACUGUGGCGAUUCUAAUAAGUGGUUGGUUGGUUGGUUGGUUGGUUUUGUUUCACUGUUUUGAUCCAAAGAAAGGCUUGCAUUUCCCCUCCAAGCUGACUUGGUGAGGCUGAAACAUGCCAGAUGCAUGUGUAUUGUGAUAAAGUGUAGCACAAGGAGCAGGGAUUUAAACACAGCCCCAACAGACGGCUCCACCAGCCAGACAAAAUACCUUCUUCCAGAUUGUCCUCGCAGUGUGCGAAAACAGUCCUGUUGUUUAAUUAAAUGUCGCUUUCCAGGGACAUAGACUAUACAUCGUUUCUCCUCCAUUAAUUGCCUGUGUUCUCUGUCAUACGACAUUGGCUGCCAACCUUCAGUUCCUGCUCAGGGGCACUUAGUUCUACCUCUCAAACAUUUCAGGGGUGACGAGCCUUCACACACGGUAACAAAUACAAUAGCAAACCCCAAGAGCCCUAACAUCAACCACCUGCUGGCAGUUCUCACUUGAAUUUGCUAUGAAAGGUUUGCAAGGGGAAAGCAAGUUAGUGUAGGUACCUCGUCGUGAACGACUAGGUGAAUAAAACACAGAGCACUGCUUGAUACACAGUAGGUGGUCAGGACAUGUUCAGGUGGGAAUUAAUAAAAUGUAAACAAAUGUUAAGACUGAAGAAAAAGUCUGUUUUAUUUCUAAGUGUAUCAAUAUGAGGAAGUCAUUUGCCCAGGAACAGAAUCAAACCAGCAGAGAGAUUAGUAAACUGAGAUAAGCUAAAGAAAAUCUAUAGCCGUUUUUUACCCUCAGGAAGAGGUUGCAGACUCUAAACUGAGUCUGAAAAGGAAUGGAAGCAAGCAGGCUCAGGGGCCACAAGACCACCCCCUGGUGAGCACAGCCCAAAGAGGUGAGUUCCUGGGGGAGGGGGUGGGAGAGAUGAGGUGCCAUUGUCAGCAUCAGUCAGAAGAGGCUGGGGCGAGCAGACCAGAGUGCACAGAGAAGACCCAGGACCUGGACUCCCAUCCUGACCACACCCUGCGCAGAGGCCCACAGCAGGGCAGAGCUUUCCAUAGCAGAGCCCACUGGAGCCCUCCCCCAGGCAGUGCUUCCAGAGCCCUGCCCCUCCCUGCGCUGGAGCAGCGGAGCUCCCAAAUCAGGUGGUAGCUCGUUCUGUUUUAGAGUUAGCUCAGCAUUACAGAUAACGCUAGGAUUUCUAUUGGAAGAAUAGGCCAUGGCCUAGGAGCACUUCCACACGUUCCAAAUGUUUUAUCCUGGAGUGCAGGCUGGCUGGUUACUAACUGUCCUAGCAAGUGUCAAAGCUAUCUUUGACUCCUAAGCAGCCACUGAUUAAAUUCAGGGUUUCACCAAUAUUUAGGUUCUCGGAGAAGGCGGCACUUGUGGGUUUGGUCAGUGACAAAAUGGAAGGUUAGGCAAAAAGCAAUCAAAUCAAUUCAUUAAUCCAACACAAUGCACACAGGGCACAGAAGCUCCCUGUUUCCAGGCAAACACGCAGCCAAGCUGAUGACACCUCGACACUAGUCCUGUGCCCAGGGCUCUCAAGCAGCAGGCCAAGAAAGGGACAUGGCUGGAAACAGUGAGGCGUUCCUUAAGGGAAAACCAAUCUACAACUAAAUGCUCCUCCUACAAUGUGUUCCUUUAAAAUCUUAAAUACCCUUCAAUUUUAUUCUGAUCGGUCCUCCCAUUUUUAAUUUCAAUUUCCAAACUCUCAUAUUUUAUGUAUCUACUUUUCAUGGUCUUCCACUGAGUCUAGAGAAGAAAGUUAACAUUGUCUUGCCUCUCAAUAUUUCGCUAUGGAAUAGCAGAAAUUUAAGUGCCAGGACCUAUUGGGGAAUCCCAGGAGACACAGAUUAAAUCUUUAUUUCAGGUGACUUACCUAGUACUUCCCAAUAAUCGUAUCCACUCCACAUCUAGUCAGCUGGAGACUGUGAAGGAGCAUGAACCAUGGUUACGGCCCAGCAGAGAAGUGGGACCUGCCGGCGCCUCCUCGAGGCUCUGUGGUUCAGGAGCUACUGCCCAGGGCAGGAGGAAGGCAAACCUUGACACUGGGCCCUGCGUAUAGGGAGCAAAGGGAAAAGUGUCCAGCUCCGUCAGAAUAAGAAUUAGAGAUAGAUAUUAGACUAAGCGGUGAUCUCAGGAAUUAGAGGCAAGAGUAAGAGGGCAGAACUCAACUGUCUUCCUUAAGGAAUUAUAAAAUCUUAAGCUGGAAAGAGAGGAUACAUCCCAUGAUUGAUUUCCAGUCAUGCCAAACUAUAUCUUUCAUCUGUGAACAAAGAAGGGGGUGGGAGGGGAACAAGCUCCUGUUAAAAAUAACUAAAGGGGGUCACAGAAAGUCGUUAAGACUACAAGCCAAUGAUAUAGAACAGCAUCGUACUAAAAUGUGUAACCGCAGUGCUCUCAACUGUCUUGUUUCCAUUACAAUAUAUCAAAGUGAUGUCAGAAAAUCAGGGACUGGGCUACCGCCAAACCAUGAUUUCCUUCUCAUUACACACCAGCAAUAUAUAAAGCUCAACAGCCCAGGCUAAUGAAAAGAACAUAGAUUUUACAAGCUUCUAACUAUAAAUUUAGCUAUUCAAGAGGAAAAGCUUUGGGAGUUGUUUUAAGAAUAAACUAUUGUGAGAGGACUGCAAAUUUAGGCGUAUGGCACACUGCCCAUACCUAAACUGAGAGAGGCUCUAACUCGGGCCAGUGAGGCCGAGGUGAGGCUGGAAAGCAGCGCCAUCUCUCUGGGACAUCAGCACCGGCACAGACCUCUCAAGGACCAUUCAAAAACUCUGGAUUUGGAAAACUCAUUGUUUUAUAGUAUCUGGUGCUUCACUGUGUCCUCCCACGCCAGCUACACACAUACACACCAUGUGCAACCUAACAUCACAAGGGCAGAGAGGAGAACUAGGGUAUAUUUGGACCCAUCAACGCUCCAAGGUGACUCUUUCAGCCCAGAUCCAAUUAAAGCCAUAUGGCGUCCAGUGGACACUUAUUUUUAAAAAGCUGUCCUAGAGCUACCAUUGCCCAGUACCAUGGAAAUGUUAACAGCCCCAAUCCUUUGCCUACACAUUAAGCUAUUAACGGUGACAUGGCUCUGGAUAAUUGCAUUAGUGACUGAAUUUUCUUCACUGUGAUGAAAAAACAACACUAUUAUGUGUAGCAAAACAUAAAAAUAAAAAUAUUUUCACAUGUAUGUAGGACUCAAAAUAUUCUUGCAGCACAUAACAUUUCAAACCAUUUCCUUAUAUGCAAAACAGAUUUUUAAAAUCAGGAAGACAGUGGCAAUAUUCCAAUAUACUUUCUGCAGAUACUAAUAAUGUUUAGUUCCUGUGUUGUGAUUCAGAUUUUGUCACUAUAGCAUGUUUCACAGUUGUUUGUAUGAUAAAACAUUUCUGUUUGACCUUUUUCUUGUAGGAAAAAUAAACCUUGAAUUUUGUGUAUUUUAACUCUUGAAAAAAAAUAAAUGUUCUUCAAAUAAGAGUCUAUCUUUGAAAAACAAGUACCUGACCAGCAUUCAAAGCAGUAACACUUUGUUGUUAAAAGAGGUCAUCUAGUUAGAUUACAAAUUAGGCACCAAGUGUCAAAACACAAGGGAAAAAAAUCAUAAUUCCACUCCAGAAGAAGCCCCAAACAAAACAAGAGUCCCUAUAACCCAAUGGCCACCAGCAGUGCUGCUGCAGGGCCCAGAGGUCUCACCCCACACUCUGAGUCCCUAAACCCAGUGGCCACCAACAAUGCUGCUGCAGAGCCCAGAAGUUAACCCCACACUCCAAGUCCCUAUAACCCAAUGGCCGCCAGCAAUGCUGCUGCAGGGCCCAGAAGUUCACCCCACACUCCAAGUCCCUAUAACCCAAUGGCCGCCCACAGUGCUGCUGCAGAACCCAGAAGUUCACCCCACACUCCGAGUCCCUAUAACCCAAUGGCCGCCAGCAGUGCUGCUGCAGGGCCCAGAAGUUCACCCCACACUCUGAGGAAGAGCUGCAGGGCCAGGGAGGAGGUGGACUGAGCUGGUGGGUGUCCAAAGUUCAGUUCAACCAAACUAGCUCUGCUUUAGUCGUUUUAUAAAUCAGCUUCUGCAAAUGAUUUCAUUUGAAAAAAGGGGCCAUUAAAAUGUUUAAAAUCCCCUGCAACAAUUUGAUGACACUGAAUA